AUGGAAGAGCCAGUGGGCGUGUAUCAAAACUUGCGCAAGCUGAUCAGUGUUGUCGACGAGCUUCGGGAUGUGGGGCUGCAGCAGUACAUUGAGCUUCCUCGGAUUGCAGUGGUGGGCACACAGUCCGCGGGAAAGUCAAGUGUGCUGGAGGGGAUUGUGGGCAUGGACUUUUUGCCCAGGGGAGACGGCGUGGUUACACGAAGGCCGCUGGAGUUGCGACUAGUUCACUCCCACAACGGUGAAGAGAAGACGUAUGCUGUGUUUGAUGGGGAUAACAAACAGGAGAAGAUCUACCAAAUGGAAGAAGUGCGGCGGCGUAUUGAGCGGCUAACUGACGAAAUAGCGGGAAAGAACAAGGGUAUCGUGGACAUUCCGAUUGUCUUACGUAUUUGUGGUCCGGAGUGUCCCGACCUAACGUUGGUGGAUUUGCCAGGGAUUACGCGAGUGCCACUGAAGAACAGCGACCAGACGGACGAUAUCGAGCGUUUAACCCGUGAGAUGGCAUCUCGGUAUGCGGAAGACCCACGGACGAUAAUACUGGCUGUGAUUCCGGCGAACCAGGACAUCAGUACCAGUGACGCUCUGCAGCUCGCGCGACGAGUGGAUCCCCGAGGAGUUCGGACAAUUGGCGUGAUCACCAAGCUGGAUUUAAUGGACCAGGGGACCAAUGGUGCGCGGAUGAUCAUGGGUGAAGAGGUACCACUCCGUCUCGGGUACAUUGCGGUCAAAAACCGAAGUCAGGCAGAUAUUUUAGGCGCAAAAUCUGUCAAGGCGUCGGCAGAAGAUGAACUGAAGUUCUUCAAGACUCACCCCGCCUACAAAAACAUGCCACCACAGCUCUUCGGUAUGCGGAGUCUCAUUGACAAACUCACCAAAAUAUUGUACAGACAUAUACGCAACUUCCUGCCACAAAUAAAAUCCGAGAUCAUCUCCAGACUGCGCGAACUCAAACAGCGACUCAGCGAACUCGGAGAGGGCGUGCCCACUGAAGCCUCAGAUAAAACCCAACUCGUUUGGGGCAUGAUCAAUGACUACUGCGACGUAUUCAGCAAUACCAUCCGGGGCAAAUAUGACAAACGCUUGGCCAACUAUGUCGACCAAGACACCAAUGUACAGUGCGGCGGCGCCUUCAUUAGAGGCAUAUUCUCCAGCCUCCUAGAUGACUAUACCGGAGGACAAGGCAUAACCGCCGACAUGACGGACGCGGAUAUAGAUCAAGCCAUCAGAAUGCAUGAAGGAGAUUCCUUACCCGGAUUUCCGACGCCGGAUACUUUUGAGUUCCUAAUCCUGCCUCACCUCAUGAAACUGCAAUAUCCUGUAUUAGAAUGCCUCGACCAGGUUGCUGGCGCUCUUGACCAACUUUUAGAUCGACUUAGCGCACGCGUGUUUGCGCGCUUUCCUGCGCUCGGAAACGAAGUUCUGGAAUUGUCGCGCUCUCUCCUAGAAAAAGAGAAGGACAAGACAAAGCAGAUAAUUGAGUAUGUCGUCAACGCCGAAAUGGGGUAUAUGUUUACCAAUGAUGACAGCUACUUGAGCGUCCAUGCAUCGUUACUGUCUGCCAACGCGCCGCAGAACCCCAAUACGGUGCCAAACCAGCAGCCACCGACCCAGAACAAGACUACGUGGUUUGGACCGCAGAUGCAGCAAACUGUCCAAGCAGUAAACAACUGCUUGUGGAAUGAGCGCAGAACUCAAUAUUCUGCAACAUUCUUAGCCGAGAUUAGAGGCAGACUAAAUGCUUAUUUCAACAUUGUGCUUCGGAACAUAAGGGAUACGAUACCAAAAACUAUCGGGUACUUCUUAGUGAGAAGAACCCAGGAAACGCUCCAAUACGAGCUAUAUACUUCCCUCUCCAAGGCGGAUCUUCAGGAUAGUCUACUGGGGGAGCCCCCGCACGUCACUGAAGAGAGAGCCAGCAUUAAGAAACAGAUGUCGGUCCUAAACCAGGCAAAUACCGUGCUGCAAAAGUAA